AUGGCCGACCUGACCGCGAUCCAGAAGAAACUGCCCUUCAAGCCGACAGCGCUACGCAAGGCACGACCGGCGCUCACGCCGAGCACCAGCACCGAGCUUGAUGGUCUACAAAACACGACGGGCGCAGGCGAUGACAGCGGUGGCGCUCGAGGCGACGAGCAAGAUUCGCUUGCGCUUUUCCGCCGCGCCAAGGAGAUGGCCCCUAUUGUCGAGGCAGACCGCGAGCGCCGUUUGCGCAGACUGCAGCAGAAGCAGAGGGCGCAAGAAGAAGAGCGCAGGAGAGCGUUGGCGGCCAGCAAGCACACGUUGGUCGACGGUGACGAUGAAGACGCUGCCCGAACAACGCCACCAAUCACAACACGGGAAAUGUCAAUAACGGACGACGAUGUUAUAGCCACAGGGGAAGAAUUCAGCAGGCUCAGAGAGCUCGUCACACCGCCGCCUUCGAAACGCUCCCGGCGCGAUUCCUCGGACGCUGCCAGCAGGCGUAAGGAUGUCGACCGCAAGAGCAGCACAGAAUCAGCACCCGGCUCACCGACGACGCGUGGAGUGCGCUCUCUGGCCCCCGAUCGCUCCAUGACGCCUGCUCACUCGAGUCGAUCCCUAUACAGCAGCGGCGCAUCGAUGCCGGCGCAUGGCGCAGGUUCGCAGACACGCCAAGGCGGCGUGGUGCCUGCAGGAUCACAAGUCAUUCUGCUCGACUCAGAUUCCGAAGCAGACAUUGCUGAAGCAGAUACUGCUACUUCUUCAGCCGCCAGGCCGUUGAAAAUUCUCGAUCAAUCUCUGACGGAGGAUCAUGACAUGGACAUGGACAUGUCCGAGGACGACGACGAAUUCGCCGAAUAUGUUCGCAAGGCUCAAGAGCAGCGCGACAAGGAUCUUCUUCGAGUUGAGCAAGAGGCUGCCGAUGCCUCUCUCUUCGCGCCCACAUCACCCACACCGCCGGCCCAGCCCGAAACGGCCUCACCGUUCAUCAACAUUGUCGUCACGUCCGAAAUACCGGACACGCGGCCUUGCCUGGUCAAAUUCCGCUUCGACCGCCCGAUGCGCCUGGUGCGGGACAACUGGACGGCGCUGCAGCACCGACACAAGGUGCCUCUGCGCGACCUGGUCGACCGCGACGACGACGUGAUUCUUACCUGGCGGCGCAAAAAGGUCUACAUGACCUCGACGCUCCUGAGCUUGCGUAUUCUUCCCAGUGCCACCACGCCAGGGGCUGCUGUGGUGGAGAGAAGCAUGAGAGACGGGUUCAACGACACCGGCACGCGCGUGCACAUGCAGGCGUGGACGCCCGCGCUUUUUGCGCAGAUGGAGCGCGAGGAUGAGGCGGCCCGACGACAACGGGAGAUGCCGAGCGAGACGGCAGGUGAGGGAGGCGAAGGAAACGAUGCAGAAGACGACGAAGAAGAAGAGAAGAGUGCGGCGGCAGCGAUGGUGCGGGUUGUGCUUAAAUCGAGAGACCGUGAGCCGGUAAAGCUCAAGGUACUGCCCGAGACGACGACAGACUUGCUGGUGGCGGCUUUUCGCGCGCAGAGGGAUGUGCCACCAGGGGCAGACGUCGCGCUGUGGUUUGACGGCAUGAGGUUGCAAGAGGGCGCGACCAUGGAGGAUGCGGAUAUCGACGACAUGGAUACGAUAGAGGUUCAUGUGAAAUGA